AUGGCUCGCCUCCUCCACGCCGUGGCGUGUCUCUCUUUGGCAUCUGGUGCCCUUUCUGCGAGUCUGUCACUGUCAAACUAUGCACAACUUCGAGAUCGAGCCUCUGGGGCAAGCCCUUGCGCCCAGGUUCGCGAUUUGUCUGCGGCUUUCAUAGCCGACCCGGCCAAUGGUAACUUUUCUCCAACAGUACCGGCAGAAUUGGCUUAUGAAUGUCUCACUUCAGUACCGUUUCGAAAGGACGUUGCCCUCACUUUGGUGGAUCAGGUGGUGCUAUACUCGAAGUUCGCGAGCACCGUAUCCAUGGCCAAGAACCCACCCCCUGAGUACCGUCAGAAUGUGCAACCACCCUACGAUCUUAUGGCAGCUCUUGCCAACGUUCGAGGGAAAGUACUAUCAUCAAGUUAUAAGAGUGAGUUCGAGUUUUCUAUGGGCCUUGUGAACGCCAUUCGAGGCAUGCAUGAUGAGUUUUUCUCGUAUGUCAUGGAUAUCCACACAGCGUUUCUCUUUUUGCGCACAACUAUGAUCGUCUCGGUUUCCGUUGAUGGCAAGCUCCCGGAAAUCUACUCCUGGCAUGAUUUGGCCGACGAGAAAAACAAGACGGCCAAAUACAAGCCUUCUGCUAUUACACACAUCAAUGGUCAACCCGCCACUGCCUUUCUAGAGAAAGAGUCGAAGACUUUGUUUGCCAAGGAUCCAGAUGCGGCGUACAACAAAAUGAUGAGCAGUCUGUCUGGUACUCACACAAGUUCAUUUGCGAUGGCCAAGGGCGCAUUUGCUGCGGGUGGAGACCUUGGAACUGACUACCCUGGUCCUACUACUACAUACCGAUUUGCAAACGGUACGACAACUGUUAAACAAAAUCAAGCUAUCGUUCUCAUCCCCUUCGAUGGAGUUAAUGAUGGAAAAAGCUUGGCCGACCUCUGGUUCCCUCCUCCUCCUCCUCCACAGGAUUCAACUCCGCAGAAUUCAAGUGAGCAGACUCCAAGUAGGCAGAAUUUUCUUCCGUCGGAUGACGGACCAGUGAACCGUACCGCAAUUGCAGUACCUCCAAUUGGCUACCCACCGCCAGAAUUCUACCUUGAUACUAACGAUGCCGGCGGUUACCUUCUCGGUGGUCAAUACUCAGAUGUUGCUGUACUUGCUAUUGGUAGUAUUGGUGGCAGAGGUGCGAAGGUGUUUCAAGAUGCUAUUUUUGAUUUCAUCACCAAGGUCAAGGCACAGGGAAAGAAGAAGCUCAUCAUCGACCUCUCUUCCAACACUGGCGGCAACGUCCCAUUGGCAUACGAUCUAUACAAGAUGCUGUUUCCAUCCGGAGACACCUCUGCGUUGGCAGAUCGCUUCCGCGCCUUCAACAUCACCGAGUUGAUGGUGGAGUACUUUUCUGAACUUUCCAACGAUUAUCCACGUUCUGCAAACAGCGCAAACGACACUGUCGCUUAUGUGAACCAGUACUUCUUAUCAGAUACCUUCAAUAAGGAUACAGAUAUGGAUAUCAACGGAAAGCCAUUCAAGACUUGGCAACAGAAGUUUGGCCCAGAUCUGCAUCAAAAUGACGACGCCUUCAGCAGCCUCUUCCGGUGGAAUUUCAGCGAUCCGGAUGUAGCAUACUUCUCUGCAAAUGCCAGUAUCCACGGCUUCGGAUCACUGGCAGCCUAUGUCCACGCUCAACAGCCAUUCAAACCCAGUGAUAUCAUUAUCGUCUCGGACGGCCAGGUCGGGGGAGCAACCGCUGUGUUCACUGAGCUCAUGCGAAAGCAGGGUGCCAAGUUUGUUUCUAUUGGAGGCCGCUCACAUCGGGGGAAGAUGCAAGUCGUUGGCAAUACUGCAUCAACAGGCGUGCUCAACGCCGCAUACAUCUCGGCCACAGCCACGACACUCAUGCGUACUCUUUCCGACGAUAACGAAGCCGCUCGACUCAACAGAACCGAUAUGAACCAAUUCUAUGAUACGACCUUGUUCGAUCGAUUGUCGCCAGGCAACUUUAUGGGUGUCCCUUAUCGUAAUGGGUAUCGCGUGAACGACAAGUCAAACAUUCCCAUACAUUUCAAGUAUACGCCUGCAGAAUGCCGUAUGUUCUACACAAAGGCGAUGGCUCUAGAUAUGUCUGCUGUUUGGGAGGCUGUUGCUGACUCUGCCUGGGGCACCAAGUGCCACUGUGUUGAUGGUUCUCUUCGGAGUCCAGGCCAGAAAUCAAGCCUACUGUCGGAUCGUGAGUAUCAGUAG